AAUCCUAUAAAUCCCCCCUUGCUCGGAUGGUGGAGAAACCCCGAUCCCGAACCACGUACAAGCGACCAGAGCUAACUUCCCAAAGCGAUCCUCCGCCAACGAAAAAGAAAAAGAAAGAAAAAAACACGAUCAAAAUGGCCACCAAGACGUACACGUACCAGGAUGUCGCCGAGCACAACACCAAGAAGGACCUGUUCAUGGUGAUCCACGACAAGGUCUACGAUGCCACCAAGUUUGUCGACGAGCAUCCUGGUGGUGAGGAGGUCAUGCUGGACGUUGCCGGACAGGACGCAACCGAGGCGUUCGAGGACGUCGGCCACAGCGACGAGGCCCGCGAGACGCUAAGCAGCUUGCUGGUUGGCGACCUGAAGCGCCAGGCUGGCGACCCGUCACCAAAGUCCCAGGCCUCCGGAUCUCUGGCCCCGGCCGCGCAGACGGGCGCGGCAGGCAUGGGCAUUGGACUGUACGCCGUCAUCCUGGUCGGCGGCAUCGCAGCCUACGCCGCGUACCAGUACCUGCAGCAACAGCAGGCCGCCGCCUCGGUUUAAAUCACAUCCCGAUUUUGACCAUCAAUACUAUCCAUCUACCUACCUACGCACCAGGGGGAAGAGACCGCGCAUGCAGAUAGACAAGGCCACGCAACAGCGGGACGAAGCCAAACACAAGACGCCAUCGCUGUUCGACCGCGACCUCACAGACUCGGGGGGUUUUUUUUUUCUGGUUCAAGGCAACUUUGCGAAUCUUGGGAGGGGAUGAGGGGGAAGCUUCACCCAUGCAUAUUCGCUUUCGGAGGGACACGAUAGACACACCCCGGGCGCCCGGUUGCACUGGGUAUACCAAGGCCGCCCCUCGUUUCGGGCGGGCGGGCGGGCAUUGCGAGGGGCUCUGCGAGAUAGCGACAUUUUUAAUAGACCAAGAUUAUGACUCUCUAGG